CUCUCCGUCCAUUUGCUCCCCACGAUCUUCUCUUCAGCGGUCGAUCUGGCUUCCUACCCACGUUCCAUUUUCCACCAAACCUUCACUUCUUCCCACUUUUCUGUUCGGCUAUUACUUCCUAACUGACUACCUUUACUACCUCUACUCUCGAGGAGAUCUACGCCCUGGAAAGACGCGAGAACUCGUGUCUAAGUAGUAAGACUACCGUGGCUACCGUGACUAUCCUGCCUUUCAUGCCAUCAAGUACCACCUGCCUGUCGACAAUAUACCUUCACUCCACAAUUACCACACGGUAACAACGCUGGUGGCUCUUGACGAGCUUCUCUUCUGUCCAACAUGUUGUCCAAGAUCGCACGAUCAUCUCGCUCGGUUGCGCCUCUUCACCUGAGGACCAUUACCCAGCGUGGCUUCCGUCCUGCCGUGCUUCCAUCUAUCGAGUCGGAAGUUCGCAAAGACUCGCGCCGGAAGAGUGGUGGUUUGAAUGCCAACUCUCUUGAAGCCGAGACUCUCCCAGUAGCCGAAGAGCCAAUCAAGAUCCCGAGGCGCAUGGCGAGCUCUUACCGUUCCGCUCAGACCUCGCAAUCCUCUGUCGGCAAGGCUGUUGGCACUACUACCGGAAUCCUGCCUGGCUCCAAUGCCGAGAAUGCAAGGAGGGGUCAUCUCGAGGAUAUCCUAUUUGGAUCAGAAACAAACCAAGCACAGAGCUCGGCAGACUCAUCUGUCCAGAAUGGCACCCAGGCUACGGUAUCGUCGCAGCUGCUACCGUCCUCGGAGACCGACUAUGUGAUCGACCCAAUCACCAACCGGAAGGUUUAUAAGGUUGAAACUCCGACCUCUUUGGGUGAUGCCCUCGCUACCCCUGCCAUCAAGUCGCAAUUCUCCGGUGUAGAGUCGACGCUAAAGUCGGGUCCAUCGCCAUUAGUCUACUCGCCAGUCUUUGACCCAGAAUUCCCCAUCACACAACAGGAGCUUCAGGGAUACGCUAAGCCUCGUAUGGAUCCCAAUCCUACCGGCAGUGACGGCCGCACAAGUGGUACUGUUUACUGGCAUCAUGCAAAUGGUGUCACCACCAAGGGCUACUUGAAUAUGUCUAAAUCGGAAAAGUAUGACGACCUCGCCAAGUACAAGCCGGUCAUGGAGAAAGAACCAGCUACUCCAGAGGACCCUGCCAAGGAAUAUCAGGAUCUCGAAGAGUACCAGCCGGUGAUGACAGGAAGGACGCCAGUUCCCGAGAAUCCAUCAGCCGAGUACGACGAUUUGGAUGAGUACAAGCCAGUCCUGGUGGAGAGAACUCCAGUUGCUAAAGACCCUUCGAACGAGUACACCGACCUUGACCAAUACACACCUGUGCCAGACGUCAAGCAGACGCCAAACCCUCAUGAAAAGGAAGUCUACAAAGACCUCCCUGGAUACUCUGCGGCUCAUCCUGAUGUAGAAACUUCCCCAAACCCUUACGAAAAGGAAGUAUACCAGGAUUUGCAUCUAUACGCAGCGGCCUUUCCUGACGUUGACGUUGCGCCAAAUCCAUAUGAGAAGGAAGUCUACACCGAUUUGCAUCUAUACCAGGAUGGCUUUGCGUACUGCGAGCCCGAUGGUAAGCCUCUGGCUACAAACCCAUUCGAAAAGGAGAUAUACUCGGAUCUCGACACAUACUAUGCAUUCCGGUACAACGAACCCGACGGAAAACCUACAGGUGCCAACCAAUAUGAGAAGGAGGAGUACAUCGACCUGGAAGCUUACUCUCAAGGCUAUCGUGCCUGCGAGCCUGACGGCCGCUACGCGCUUCGGGACACCAAUGUCAAAAUGAGCGAGCCUGAUAUCGACCAGGAAGCGAAGGCCUUGAACCUCGGGUAUACUGAGCCUGGCUCGGAAGGUCCCAUCAACAAAGUGGCUCGUGCCGUGAGCAACAUGUUCAUCGAUAAUACACCUCGGGUGUACGAAAGAUCUUGGGGCGUGACGCGUCACGGCAACCUUUCGAAUUCGGAUGAGUACGGGUACUCACUGAAGCCUUUCGGUCUAGAAACUUCUUACGCAGAUGAAUGCAAUGGACGGUCGACUUGGCCUACCUUUACCAGGAUCUACGGCACUCCUGAGGCUGCUCCUCUUCCAUCCUUGGAUUCCGCCAAGAGUAGAGAUUCCGUCAACGCUAUGUCUUCGGCUUCUUCAUCACAAUCAUCUUCCACACCAUCAUCUUCGGCCUCUCCAUCUCAUUCAAACCCAAAUUCUUCCGUGUAUACAGUUUAUAAGGUUCUCGCAUACGACCCCACCACGCAAACAGUCGAGAUGGCCCAGACCACAUCAACAGUGCCUGAUAACACUACAGGUCUGCCGCCAGCCGAGGCACUGGUGCGACUUGCCCACCCAAUUAAGUUCUUUCCCUACUUCGCACCUCUUCAAGCGCAAGGAUUCGAGAUUGUGUCUGGUAGUGGCGAUGUGCUGGUAUUUCGCAAAAGCCGCCAAACCACUCUCGUUGAAGAAGCGCCAUUUACACAAAUCCCCCGCAUCAACCCCAUCGACAUGACGGGAGCGUCCAGUGUUUCUUCGGCGGCGACAGCAUUUUUGUCACCGACGGGAUUUUCACGCUACGAGCCGGAUCCCGAUCCUACCAACGAUCAGAGGCCGCCUCCACCGCUGAGAUUUCAGCCAAGAACUAGACAGGGAGCUUCCACCGCUCGUGCUGGAGAGAAGUUCUCUUCGAAUUGGUCGGACGCCAACAAGUCGACUAAAUCAACCUCGCGUGUUGCGAAGAAAGUCAUAGUGGGAGCGAGUUCAGCUCUGGGUAUCACAUACGCAGUCGCAGUUGUAGCUGAGUUCUUUAAGUCCGAUGAUGGUGGAGGUCCUAGGCGGUUGUGA